UGUAUACAUCUUUAAUAAAUACCUUUGAUAAUAAUAAUAAUCCGGCUAUUUUCUCUAAUCUCAAUACACCCAUACCAAAUAAUGAAAAAGUAUUAAUUUCUCCCGAAACGAUGUCUCUUAUUGAAACAUUACCCUUUCCUUCAAGUGAAACAAUACUUAUUCCUUCAGGUGAAACAAUACUUAUUCCUUCAAGUGAUGCUACACUUAUCCCGUCAAAUAAUUUACUGCUUCCUGCAGCUCCUACCAUUCCGGGUCGAUCACCAAUACAGAUUAUUCCCAAUUCAAACAUUCCAUUUGGUGUUGAUAACAUUAAUUUUCUCGGUGGACUGCAGUAUGAGUCAUUAGAAGUUUUAGAUCCUACUUUAGACUUAUUUCAAAAGGAAUUAAAUUCUGAAACAUGUGUCGAAAGAAUAGCUUGUAAAAUUGCUGCGACUGGAAAAACUGGAAUAAUACCUAUGUGGAUUAAUUGGAUCUUACAUGAAAUAUCACAACCUGUUCCUAACGAAAAAUUAUUAUAUUAUCUUAAAGCAUAUGAUAAUGUAAUUAAUGAAAUUCAAACGAAAUCACCAAAUCCAGAUAAUUGGGAAACUUGGUGCUUUGAACGUUAUGACUGCAGUAAUACAGAUAACAGAUAA